ACGAUUUCUUGCCUGUGAGUUGUAAACAGCGUACCAUGCAGGAUAAGAGUCACUGGUAAGCGUCUGCCCAAGAAAAGGAUACUCCAUGAGCGACUGUAAGAACUGGAUGGAUAUAUUUUGGAAAGCAUGGACCCUUUAGCACAUCUAGUUCUCUAUGGAUUCAGCCUGAUGAUUUUAGGUAAAGUGGAAGCGGCACUGGACCUCAUACUGAUCAAUUCAUUCCCUCUGGUGGGCAACUCUGAGACAUCACUCAUCUGCGUCACUUCCAAAUGGCAUCCCCGUGAGUCCAUCACAAUAGACCGAGACCAGGAGGAUGUGACAAACCAACACCGGGAACCACUGGAAGUCAAUGAAGAUUUAAAGAGAGCAACAGCCAAAACAGUGGUGUGGAAGAGGGAACAGGCCAGUGAAACAAUUGGAGUGUACUACUGUGAAGGGAAACUCAAGGAUGACGUGACAAGGAUACACACUAUGAAGAUGCCUUUGGGAGCCUCAUUCCACCCGGUGGCAUUAACUGUUACAGCAAAUAAAGGAGAGCAAGUGAAUAUUUCGUUCAUCAGAAUGGCAGCAAAAGAGGAAGAUGCAGUGAUCUACAAAAACGGUUCCUUCAUCCACUCUGUGCCCAGGCAUGAAGUGCCAGAGAAGCUGGAAGUCUCGUGUCCUCGAGUUCAACCACAGGAUGCAGGAGUUUACUCUGCCAGAUAUAUAGGAGGAAACCUCUUUACUUCUGCUUACACAAGGCUUAUUGUAAGACGAUGUGAAGCUCAGAAAUGGGGCCCUUCCUGUAGUUCCCACUGCCCUUCCUGCAUGAACAAUGGCAUCUGUCAUGAAGAUACUGGGGAAUGCAUCUGUCCUCCAGGUUUUAUGGGAAAAACAUGUGAGAAAGCUUGUGGAGCCAAUGCAUUUGGCAAAACAUGUGAAGAAAGCUGUAAAGAAAACUAUGGCUGCAGAAACUAUAUGUUCUGCCUACCAGAUCCAUAUGGUUGUUCUUGUGCGACAGGAUGGACAGGACUGGAAUGUGAUAAAGAAUGCAAACCUGGUUUUUAUGGGUCAGAUUGCAAACUCAAGUGUAAUUGUCACAAUCGAGGGACAUGCGACAGAUUUAAAGGCUGCAUCUGCUCCUUUGGAUGGCAUGGUCUGCAAUGUGAAAAAGAAGGUUCAGCAGAUCUUUCACCUCAGAUAGAAAAUUUACUAGAUCCUGUAGAACUCAAUUCUGGCGUCGAGUUCAAGCCUUUUUGUAUAGCAACUGGGAUUCCACUUCCUAAAUCUGAUGAAUUUAAACUUUUAAAGCAAGAUGGAACUGUCCUAAGGCCUGCCCUAAUUGUUACCAGUAAUCGUUCUGAAGCCAUGUUUACAAUUAAUCGAAUCCAGCCCCGUGAUACAGGAACCUGGGUCUGCAGUGUACAGACAGUAGCUGGAAUGGCAGAGAAACAAUUUCAAGUUACAGUCAAAGUUCCUCCUGUGCCACAGCAUGCCCCAAAGCUGACAGACAGCGGACAUAAUUUUCUCAUAAUUGAUGUCAAUGCUGAAUCACAUCUUGGAGAUGGACCUGUUGUGUCAACAAAACUCCUUUACAAGCCAGCAAAACGUUAUCAGUCCUGGAUGUCUGUAGAAGUAAAAGGCAAAACUGAAAGACUGGAAAAUCUGGAACCAAAAACAGAGUAUCAGUUCUGUGUUCAGCUGAGUCGGCAAGGAGAAGGUGGGGAAGGCCAUCCUGGACCACAGGCUAGCUUCACAACAGCUGCGCUUGGUCUUCCUCCACCAGAAGGUCUCACUCUCUUUCCAAAAAGUAUGACAUCACUGAAUUUAUCGUGGCAUCCUUUAACACUGAGGAUAGAGGAUGACGUUCGUGUUGAAGUGGAAAGGAAGAGUGUGAAUGACAACGGUGAUGAGAGCAGUGUUAUUACUCAAGUGCCAGGAAAUAUGUCCACCCUGAUCAUUAAAGAUCUUGAGCCUAGACAGCAAUACAUGUGCAGGGUACGGGUGAACACCAGGUCCCAAGGAGAAUGGAGCAACUAUCUGUAUGCAUGGACUUUCAGUGACAGAAUCCCUCCUGCACCAUACAACAUCAGGUUUUCUAACACCACUGACACGUCCUCAGUCAUCUCUUGGACAGCUGCUGUGGGUCAUUCCAUCUCUUCCAUCAUCAUCAGCUACAAAAUUUUUGGCAAGGCUGAGUACAAUCACAUUGAUAUUAUCAUAAAGAAUACCAGCAUUACUCAGUACCAUCUGAAAGGCCUUGAGCCAAACACUGUGUACCAGGUUCAGAUUAAUGCUCAGAACAAUAUUGGCUUGAGCAACCCAAACACGUCGUUUGAACUGAAGACUCUUCCAGAAACUAAAGCUCCAUAUGAAUCAAAAGGAGGAAGAAUGCUACUUAUUGCUAUUCUUGGUUCUGCAGGAAUGACCUGUGUAACAAUUCUGCUGGCCUUUCUCAUUAUGCUGCAGUUAAAGCGAGCCAACUUCCAGCGCCGAAUGGCUCAGGCUUUCCAAAAUGUGGUGAGGGAAGAGCCAUCUGUACAGUUUAACUCAGGUACACUCACCUUGAGCAGGAAAGCCAAAAACAGCCCAGAUCCCACCAUUUAUCCAGUUCUUGAGUGGAAUGACAUAAAAUUUCAAGAUGUGAUUGGAGAAGGGAACUUCGGGCAAGUCCUGAAAGCACGCAUUAAGAAAGAUGGGUUACGCAUGGACGCUGCGAUUAAAAGAAUGAAAGAAUAUGCCUCAAAAGAUGACCACAGAGACUUCGCUGGAGAACUUGAAGUUCUUUGUAAACUUGGUCACCAUCCCAAUAUCAUAAACCUUUUGGGAGCAUGUGAACAUCGGGGAUAUCUCUAUCUUGCUAUUGAAUAUGCCCCCCAUGGAAAUUUACUGGACUUCCUUCGGAAAAGCAGAGUGCUAGAGACAGAUCCAGCGUUUGCUAUUGCCAACAGCACUGCAUCUACACUUUCCUCUCAGCAACUUCUGCAUUUUGCAGCAGAUGUUGCUAGAGGGAUGGACUACUUGAGCCAGAAACAGUUUAUUCAUCGAGAUUUGGCAGCAAGAAACAUCUUAGUUGGAGAAAAUUAUGUUGCAAAAAUAGCUGACUUUGGCUUAUCAAGAGGUCAAGAAGUUUAUGUCAAGAAGACCAUGGGACGGCUUCCAGUGCGAUGGAUGGCAAUUGAAUCUUUGAAUUACAGUGUUUACACCACAAACAGUGAUGUAUGGUCAUAUGGUGUCCUAUUAUGGGAAAUUGUUAGUUUAGGUGGAACACCAUAUUGUGGAAUGACAUGUGCAGAACUCUAUGAAAAACUGCCUCAGGGGUACAGACUGGAAAAGCCUCUCAACUGUGAUGAUGAAGUGUAUGACCUAAUGAGACAGUGCUGGAGAGAGAAACCAUAUGAAAGACCAUCAUUUGCUCAGAUACUGGUGUCACUGAACAGGAUGUUAGAAGAAAGGAAGACCUAUGUGAAUACCACCCUGUACGAGAAGUUUACUUAUGCAGGCAUUGAUUGCUCCGCUGAAGAAGCUGCUUAAGACAGGAGGAAUCUUCAGUCAUCAGUGAUGUAUUGAAGAAAAGCAAAACUCAAUCUCCCGAAGCCCAAAAUGUGAUGUGCUGUGUAGAACUUUGUAUAGCUCUAACUGUAUGUAAUACAGUAAUACUGUUGUACUACAGAUAUGUAUGUGUAUAUCACACAGUAACCUCUGCCUCCACAGGCUGUAGAAGUGUAUAUACUGUUCAGAGUAGGAAUAGACUGAAGUCAUAAAAUCUGCUGUUUCAUAUGCAGGAUUUUCUUUUUUUUCUAGUCAUGUAGCUAUAGUCUAUACGUACAUACUGUAAUCCAUUAGGUUUUGCCAUCUUAGAUAAUUUUUAUACUUUCCAAGAGCUACUGAUAGCAAAAUGGGGAUCUUCUAGUAGUAUUUCAUAGACUUUUCCUUGUAAUUAAAACAAAAAUGCUAAGCUCAAUGCAGCAAUGGGAGUUGCAAGCAGAUGUCAAUCCAGUAUGUUAUUUGAAUGUAGAAGUAAACUGGUAGAAAUAAUCUGUUCAAAAAUUCUGUUGACUCCUGUAAGAUAUAAGGCACGUUAUUGCUCUUUCACUGUCCAGUUUAACAGUCAGAGUUUGUCGAUAUGCAAAAUAUGCAUACAGUUUGAAGUGUGUAAUCCUAUUGGAGGCAGCCAUACAGCAAUUAUUGUGAAGUACAGCAUUGAAGAAUAUACUACAUAAUGUAAAGCACAUUUUUACAAGUAGUCAGGAUAUACAUGAAACUUAAUUUUAUUUCAUUAAAAAUUUUCACUGCAUAAUUAUAAAUUACUACCUACUACAUUCAAGCAGAGCUUACUUACUUUUGCUUAUUUUAUCCUUUAUGGGAUAUGUAGCAUGGUAUGGCCUCUUAAAAAGACUGUACUGAAAUGAUUCAAAACAAUUAUAUCCAGCCUGCCAGAAAGAUCUUCUAGUCCUUAGGUUACACAAAUAGACACCAGAUUCACCUGAACUUCUGUUAUCAAGUCAACCAUGUGGGAUCCUGUGGACUUACCCUGUUCAAACCUCACGUAUCAGGUAACCUCAUGCCUUGCAUGUAUGUUCUCCUCACACCCCCGUGACUCACCAGCUCAUAACUGACCAUCAGACCACGCUGACUUUCUAGCUGGAUGGAUCGGGUCACCCUCCAAGUCUUGAAGGAAGAUGCUAGAGAGAGAAAGAGAAAAGGGUUUUCCCUCCUGACAGGUUGGUUACAAGGCAGGAGUAGAGUAACAUUAAUGGCUGACUCAAAUAGAAGCACCAAGAGCCUUAUUGAAAGGGAGUAAGUCAAUAAACAAGCAUGCUGAGGUCAUUUUUGUGGCCUCGAGGUAGGCAAAACAUGGAAAACAUGUAAGUAAAUGUGCUACAAUCUGCAUUUAUGGGGUGCAGAGAUUCACUGAGCCAAGGAACAACUCCAUACUGGAAGAGAGAAACAAAUUCCACUGUGUUUUCAUAAAAGAUUACUUGGCCAGCCAUUUUUGAAGCAUGAAUCCAACCAGCUUUCUACAGGUCAUUAAGGUGAAGAGAAGCAGACCUUCAUGGGUGCUUUCCAGGCUGCCAGGCAAAGUUAGCUGACAUCUUCUGCUGGAACUGCUCCACUUUCUGUACAGAACUUUUCGCAGGACAAAAUCAGCAUAUUGUCUCAUAUAUCUUUAACAAACAGUCACAACUGACUGUUCUGCUACUUCAUGUAAGUUUCUUCUUUGUGGCAAACUUUUUCUUGGACCAAUAUGCCACAUAAGGGAAGAAUCAGAGUCAAUUAUCAAACCAAUAGGCUGGUCAAUACCGUUUGUAUGUUUAGUGCUCAGGUCUCACUGUGAAUUUAACUGAAAGUCUUUUAAGUAUUCUUAUAAAUGUUUUUCAUAUGUUCAUUUAAUGUUGUGACAUGCAUUAGCUUUCUAACCUGCUGUAGUGAAUUACUUUUUUAAAAAACACACAAAAGAAAACAAUAAUACAAACA